CGUCGCCUGGCCGCGUCAUCAGCCGAUCAAGCGGUAAGGUUCAAGUUGCAAGUUCAAGUCAAAGCAAUCACGAGAUCACGAUGUCUGCAUGUUUGUACGUCUGGAAUCCUCGACAGCGACAACGGCCUCUCUUUAACGUGCUCGACAUCAAAAGAUUGUGGUAGACGACGAUAUCAAUCUCAUAUCACUACCGGUAACAUGUCUUUUGCAGCUCCUAAGUUCUUGAGUGCUUGCGGUCAGCUCGCAUCGACAUCACUUCGACGCUCAGCAAGAUGUGUCAAGACUAGGCAGUUCUCCAACUUGCACUGGGGAGCACCCCAACAAGCAACAAAUUCAGGGGGAGGAUCUCGAAUGGAUGAAGCUAGUUUCCCGGUGGUUCGAGAUGCCCUAGUACCUAUGGUGGUCGAACAGACCGCCAGAGGCGAACGAAGUUAUGAUAUCUACUCUCGGUUGCUAAGGGAACGAGUGGUGUUUCUGGGGCCUGUCAACGACGUGUCAUCGACCUUGUUGACGGCACAACUUCUCUUUCUCGAGGCGGAAGAUUCAAAGAAGCCAAUCAAACUGUACAUCAAUUCGCCUGGAGGUAGUGUGACGGCGGGUCUAGGGGUCUAUGAUACGUACAUUUCCCCACCGAUGCACACGUUCUGUAUGGGUCAAGCGGCAUCGAUGGGUUCUUUGCUUUUAUCAGCGGGCGCUAAAGGGCACCGCUACUGCCUUCCCAAUGCGAGCGUCAUGAUCCAUCAACCAUCUGGCGGAGCGAGUGGCCAGGCGACGGACAUUUCGAUUCACGCCAAGGAGAUUCUCAGGAUCCGUGAGCUCUUGACCGAGAUGUACGCGGAACACUGCGAGGUAGCAGGGGAAACUUUCCAGGGAGCCAAAGACAGAUUCGAGCGGGCCCUGGAACGAGAUCACUUUAUGACCGCGAAAGAGGCGUUGAGUUUCGGUAUCAUUGACAAGAUUGUGGAGCGUCGACCUCCUCCGACGUCGACUGACGCAGACGGCGCGGGAAAAGACAAGCAAUGAUCAGUAGCUAUACGUCCCCAGUUGCACAGUUGUAUGCCAUAUAGCGUUCGACAUGGAUGCUUCGAUACACUCGCUAGACUCGCGUCCAUCCAGGAUCCAAUUAUGAUCAAUUCGAUAUUCCCCCCGG